AUGUCCAUGUCUUUCGUUGGAUUGCAUCGGAUUCCUUUUGCUUUCUAUCGCAGUGGAACUUCUCGUGGUCUGUUUUUGUUGGAGAAAGACUUGCCACCUCUUGGCUCCACGCGAGAUGCAAUUUUGUGCCAACUCAUGGGCAGUGGGCACCCCCAGCAGUUGGGUGGCUUCGGGGGAGGCACGGGUCCCACCAGCAAGGUUGCAGUUGUGGGCCCACACGAAGAACCUGGCUCUGUAACAUACAACUUUGCCCAGUGUGAGGUGGAGAUUGCCAAUGUGGACAAAUCUCAUGGAGACUGUGGGAACAUGCUAGCUGCUGUUGCACCCUUUGCACUGGAACGCGGUGUGGCAAUGGGUACAGAAUUUGAGACAAGCACAAAGUUAAAGAUUCACAGCUUGAACACUGGUGCCUGUUAUGAAGCCAAUGUGCCUACCACAAUCAGCUCUGGCAAGCGAUGUGUACAAUACUUGGGCAAUCUUGAAGUACCGGGCGCUCCUGGAUGUGCAGCUCCCAUCAGUUUGGCCUCGCUUGGAGUAGCAGGUACACAGACAGGAAAACUUUUGCCAACAGACUGUCCUGUUGAUACCUUGGAUUUCGGACUUGGCAAAGCCAAAGCAACACUUUUGGACUUUGCACGCGCACUUGUUAUUGUGGAUGCAGCUGAUAUUCUUCCAAAAUUAGGUUAUUCAGACUUGGGCGAGAUUUCGCUUGAGACAGUCCAUGCGGACGCCUCGCUUUGUGAUGCCCUGGAGGCUAUGAGACGACAAGCAAGCCUGAUGAUGGGCAUGGGGGAUUGUACUGGAAAGGAUGCCCCGAAGCUUGCACUGGUGGGGCCUGACGGAGAAGGGGCAGAGAAGGGACUUUGCACGCUUGGAGGUUCCCUAACCUGUCGAUAUUUCGUAAACCCUGGACGUGCAGAGAUGCAUCCGACCAUUGCGAUGACUGCAGCUCAGGCGCUUGGUGCAGCCUGCCUCCUUCAGGGCUCCGUGGCCAGAAAUGCUUUGGGGAGCGGAGUGCAGGGCUUUGAGCCACAGCCCGAUGAUGCAGAGACCUUCUCCUUUGCAGUGAAGCAUCCUCAGGGAAGCUUCCCUGAGGAUGGGAAGUGGACCUUUCGCGAGAUCCUCACUGUGGAGGUCUACCCAGACGAGGAGGUUUGCAUUUCUAUUUGCUGUAGUCAGCAAGUUGACCUCUUAGUAGCUGCACUCUCCUUGGCAUCAAAAUGUGUCGGCGAAGUGUGUGUUCCAGUUGCUUCUGUCUUGCCUCAGCUGGUGAUGGAGGACCGUGAUCUGGAAGGUGUGGUAUAUGCCACUCCACAGAUCGGCUUCGACCUCCUUAAAGACGGUGUGAAGACAGGCCGCUGCUACAUGUCCUUCGAGACGAAACACCCGCCACCACGGGUAGCCAUCAGCGAGACCUGGUGUGCUUUCAGCAAUUAG